GCGGGCCUCGGCCGGGGCUGGGCCUCGUAUCGUUCGUUCCCUGUUGGGCCGGAGAGGGAGGGGGAAGGGAGGAAAAGCUGUUUAUUCGCUGUGUAUAAGCCUGCAUCCUGUCGCACCAUGUCUACUGCCUCAUCAGAUGGCCUCGGUGACUAUGAAAAGCAGCAGAAGGAACUGAGCAGGAGUUAUGAUAGCUCUGUUCUUGACUAUUCAGAAGACACUUGGGAUCCCUCCAGUGAGGAAGAAGUCACCAGCUGCCAGUGUGAGAGCAACUCAUCUGAGCUGCAUUGUCCCAUAGAAGAUACAGAAUGUCGUGCUGUGUUGGAUCCAUGGGAAAGCACAUUGUGGUUGGCAGGCCAAAGUCACGCAGAAGAGCUGUCUGAAGUAGUUGAUUCUGCAGCUGCAGAAAGAGAUUUUGUUGGAAAAUGUAUUGGUGUCCUAAAAAAUAAGGAAGCAGGCAUUAAACAAGAAAGAUUGGUCCUCGAUACUCAUGCUGAAAUGACCGAGUUAUCAGGGGAAGAACUGGAUGCUCUCCAGUCUUUUUGCAUCAUUAAGAUAAGAAGGGUGCAGCAGGAACUGAUCUCUAAGCAGGCAAGUGGUGGCAAGUCAAGAAAGCAGCAGCAUGGAUUCACAUCGAGGGCAUCAGAGGCAAGUGACCUGAAUUGCAUUGUUCCCAAUCGGCUCAUGAACAGAAUCCGUCUGAAAAACCUCCAGGAGACCUUUAAGCAGGUGACAGAAACUCAAGUGCACAAAUCUUCACUAUGCCCUGACUGUAAGAAGAAGAAGGCAGAGCUAGCCAAAAUUGCCUUUCUCAGACAGAAGAAGGUACUAAUGGAAAGAGCUCUACUCCAGGAAAAGCUGGAAGAACAAAUUUACUCCAGGGAUGUGCUCACGCUUAUAGGAGAAUCACUCCGAAGUUUUCCUAAACUUUCAGAGGAUCCCAGGAACUUAUGGCAAAAGCUGAAAGGCAAAGCUGAAGGAAUGACCACAUUCCGUGAACAUCUGAAAUCUUCAGCUUCAUUGAAAGAAUGAGGGCCAGAAAUUUUAAGUGAGGAGAAAGACAACGGCUGCCUUGCUGCACAGACUGCCUGGAAGCCCAGCCCAGAGGCCCUGCUAGGUGGGCUCUUCUGCAGAGCUGCUCCCUGGGAUGGGGCUGCAGGAAAAUGGAGUUCUGGUCAGCUGCUCGCUGUAAACCCCACUUCUCCAUCUUCUAAUCUCACUUCUACCCUCACAUCCACAUAUUAGGACACAGAGUGGGAUUAGCAUUGUGGAUUAUUUUACAGAGGAGGAGCUUGUUAAAUGCCUGGGACAGUCUCUUGUGGUAGCUGCUGUGCAUUGUUUUUGUGGUCGUGCUGAUUGUUCUAGCCUGGCAGGAGCUUGGAUUUAAGAGGAUGCAAAGAGUGCUCACUCAAGCUGCUUAAAUUCUCUCAGGCUUCUGGAGAGCCUGUAUUCUGAAGACACUUCCUUCAUUUCUUUUGAAGACUGAACUAGCUGUACCUGCUAGAUGCUGCUGCCCACGAUAAUCUGUGCCACCCUCCCAGCACAUUCUCUCUCAUACUCCAGGGGCAGUCUGCAGUGUUAUCCUGUGCAUCCAUCUCUGUUCUCUCUUCCCUUGCCAAGAGAUCUGUAUGUCUUCUUUUUUUGCACUUAACUCUCAUUCCCACUAAAUCAGUGCCCCUGAUAAGCCAAACCACAGGCAUCUGUGUAUCUUGCACUGUACCCUGCUGGUUCCCUUUUUUCCUGCCAGGAAUGAUAUAGUUCUUCACAAAGAUGCCUGGAGGCAGAAGGACAAACAGAAAAACAUCAGUUUGAGUGCAUGGUAUCUUAUCUCUUAGUAUGGACUAAUGGUCAUCAGUUAAUUGUUCUGUUCCUGAGUUUUCCUCAAGCUUUUUGCUUAGGCUCUGUUUUUCAAUUGAAUUGUUUGGAACAAUUUGCCAAACAUGUAAUGCUGUCAACUGUGUGUGUCUCUCUUUUUUUGCUCUUUUCUUCUGAGGCCAAGUUAUAUGUGCUAGUACUGUACAGACUACAAGUUAACUCGCCCGUGAAGAUAAAUGUGCCGGUCUCCUACAAAUGGCAGCAAACAUGGUCUCCUUCAGAGAGCAUUCAGAGGGAGAAGACAAAUUUUAGUGACUAAAUUGACCUUAGAGGAAUCUUAUCUCUCUCUAUGGGCAAGGAAGGUUGGGGAACUGUGUUUUCUAGAGCAGUGCUGAAGCCCUGUGACAGCUUAAGCCCAAGCUUUCAUCUGCAGUGCUUCUUAUCUUCAUAAGCACAUCACUAGGCCUCAUUAUUAACACAGUUAAAUGUGCUCUUGGAAAGCUUGAUUUAAUUUCUAACUUUACUACCAAGAUUCUAAUGUGAAGUUGCUGAAAACGAAACCUUUGUGAAGUGUUCAUUAACUGAAUGUUCCUCAUUUUCUGGAUACUCAAUUUGAGAUGAUAUCUGAUUUGCAGCAGCUCUGUAUACUUAGAGCUGCAGCUGAAAGUGAGUUUUCAGCAUUUAAAGCACCAUAUAAUGCUAAGUGUGCUACAAAAAGAAUGCUCUCGUUUUCUAAAUUGGAUAUCCCAAAUUAAUGAAUACUUUUAUAACACAGAAACUUUCUAAUCAUUUCUUCAACAGUCUAUCCAGACAAAAUGGAAAUGUUGGGACAAUAAAUUUGCCAAAAAUGUAUUCCUAAUGUGCACCUUAGAAAAGCUAUGAAUAAAUUAAUCAUAUGCUCUCCAAGUAGAGCUCGAGUUUGGUGAAGCAAAGUGGGUUAAACUAAGCAGAGAUGAAAUGAUCUUGUUCUGUAAUAAGCAUUCAAUCAAGGAGCUGUUCAACUGUUUCUGAGUAACCCCCCGUGGAGGCAAGCCAUCAGAAAUGGGCUGCACGCUAAACAGCAAGAAGAAAACAUAUUUUGAAUAGCUGCUCAUUAACUGAGAAUCAUACAUCCUCUACACUGGUUGAGGCGAGGGUCCUGAGAAACAAAUUGUAUUUGAUCAUGUAAGUGAAGGCGGCAGCACACUGUGUGACACGAAAGAUUCAAAUUAAGGUUGAAUAGGCAAUUUGAAUUCUGGCAUUUCUUAAUUUUUGACUUAGCAUUCUCAAUAACGUUCUUUUAACUUGGAAUGUUGUGUGUAAUGUAUAUAUAAAUGUUGUUUUUAAAUAAAACUGGUUUGUCUCCAA